AUGUUAGAUCCUCGUAAGACUGCUAUUUUAUCGGUUUACGACAAGACUGGUUUGUUAGAUUUAGCCAAGGGAUUGGUUGCCAAUAAUGUUAGAAUCCUGGCUUCAGGUGGUACUGCAAAUUUAAUUCGUGAAGCUGGGUUCCCUGUCGAAGAUGUUUCUGCAGUUACGCAUGCCCCAGAAAUGCUAGGAGGUAGGGUUAAAACUUUGCAUCCUGCUGUUCAUGGUGGUAUCUUAGCAAGAAACUUGGAGAGUGAUGAAGAUGAUUUGAAGAAGCAAAACAUUGAGAAAAUUGACUUUGUUGUUUGUAAUUUGUAUCCUUUUAAGGAGACUGUAGGUAAAAUCGGUGUAACAAUCGCUGAAGCUGUCGAGGAGAUUGACAUUGGUGGUGUUACUCUAUUACGUGCUGCGGCUAAGAACCAUUCAAGAGUCACUAUUUUAUCAGAUCCAAAUGAUUACGCUUUAUUCUUGAAAGAUUUGUCAGAAGAUGGCCAAAUUUCUCAAGAUCUAAGAAAUACCUUGGCUUUAAAAGCUUUUGAACACACUGCUGACUAUGAUGCUGCUAUUUCAGAUUUUUUCAGAAAACAAUAUGCUGAAGGGACGUCACAGUUACCACUACGUUAUGGUGCCAACCCACAUCAAAAACCUGCCCAAGCGUUUGUCACUGAAGGUAAGUUACCUUUCAGGGUUCUAUGUGGUAACCCAGGUUAUAUCAAUUUAUUAGAUGCUUUAAAUUCAUGGCCACUGGUCAAAGAAUUAUCUGCUUCUUUAAACUUACCAGCAGCUGCAUCAUUUAAACAUGUCUCCCCAGCCGGUGUAGCUGUUGGCUUACCAUUAUCUGACGUUGAAAAGCAAAUUUAUUUUGUUAACAACAUCGAAAAUUUGUCUCCACUAGCUUGUGCUUAUGCAAGAGCUCGUGGUGCUGAUAGAAUGUCAUCUUUCGGUGACUGGAUUGCUCUUUCAAACAUCGUUGAUGUGGCCACUGCAAAAAUUAUUUCUACUGAAGUGUCAGAUGGUGUUAUUGCUCCUGGUUAUGAGCCAGAAGCUUUGGAAAUCCUGAAGAAAAAGAAAGGUGGUAAGUACUGUGUACUCCAAAUCGAUCCAAACUAUGAAGCUGACUUAAUGGAAACUAGAUCUGUUUAUGGUGUCAAUUUACAACAAAAAAGAAAUGAUGCCAUUAUAAAUAAGUCGUCCUUUAAGGAAAUUGUUUCGGCAAAUAGAGAAUUAACUGACCAAGGUGUCAUUGAUUUAACAGUUGCUACUAUUUCCUUGAAGUAUACACAAUCUAACUCUGUAUGUUACGCUAAAAAUGGCAUGGUUAUUGGUUUGGGUGCUGGACAACAAUCAAGAAUACAUUGCACAAGAUUAGCUGGUGACAAAGCUGAUAACUGGUGGUUGAGACAUCACCCAAGAGUUCUAGCCUUUGAAUGGGCUAAAGGUGUGAAAAAACCAGAAAAAUCAAAUGCUAUCGAUUUAUUCGUUACAGGUCAAAUUCCAACUGACGAACCAGAAAAAUCAGAAUAUGAAUCUAAAUUUGUUACGAUACCAACUCCAUUAACCUCAGAAGAAAGAAAAGAAUGGAUUUCCAAACUAAAUGACGUUGCAUUAUCGUCUGACGCCUUCUUCCCAUUCCCUGAUAACGUAUACAGGGCUGUCAGAUCUGGUGUCAAAUUUAUUGCUGCACCAGCAGGAUCUGUAAUGGAUAAAGAAGUAUUUAAGGCAUCUGACUCCUUCAAUUUAGUAUAUGUUGAAAACUCUAUUCGUUUAUUCCACCAUUAG